AUGGCCACUAAUGCUGAGGCUGCUAAAUUGAUGAAGGCUCUGGAAGACAAGGAGUCAUUGGAGAAGCAAGUGCAAGAGUUGAAGAAGGUGAAUUCAGAGAAAGAAAUGUUGAUGAGGGAUUUGCAGAGGAAAAUUUGGGUGUUGAAGAUGAAGGAAGUUCAGGAAAGGGACAGUAGGAUAAGGGAUACAAUUGAUUAUCAUAAGGAGAAAAUCAUUUUGUUGAGGCAAGGACUUGAGGGGUUUGAGAAGUUGGAGAAGGUUGUUGCUCAAUCUGAGUUGGAAAAAAUGUUGAAGGGAUUGAAGUUGCAGUGUCAAGUGGCGGCGGCGUGGUCUACAGAAACUCUUGCUAAGAAGAAAUAUGAGUUGAAGGAGUGGGCAGUGCGGUCUACAGAAACUCUUGCUAGGAAGAAAUCUAUGUUAGAGGAUUGGGCUAAGAAGAAUAUGAAGAUGGGGUUUCUGGAAUCGGUGUUGGAGGUGAAAAUGCAUCCUCUAGUAGCAAUAGCUGUUGCUGCUGUUGCUUCUGCUGCUUUGAUCUAUGCAUCCAAAGAAAAACGCUGA